AUGAACGGCCUGGCCAAGGUGACCAACCGAUCUAUUCUGGACGGUCUCAGAAGAAGAGUGUCCGUGGCCCGAUCAGCUUGGGUGGACGAGCUCCCAAGCAUCUUAUGGUCCUUGCGAACCACCUCCAAAACUGCGACUGCAGAAUCUCCCUACAGCCUCGUGUUCGGCACCGAGGCCGUCCUACCCCCCGAGGUGGUUUUCCCUACCCCUCGGAUCAAAAGCUAUGAGGAGAAGAUGUCGAUCCAUGGACUACGAGCUUGUCUCGAUCUACUCGAAGAAAAGCGCGCUGAUGCACAUUUAAAAGACCUCUCCUACAAGAGGGUUGUCGCUAGAAUCUACAACUAG